AUGCAAAGGAGUGUCAAUUACUGGAAGGAAGCAGUCAACUUACCUACUCCUUCUCCAAAUGAGGAAUUCUUGUUUGCUCAAACACUUGCUGAAUACCUGUUUAGUCCAUUUGUUAUAACUAAUGGCUACACAUAUCUGGUUGGAUUAGAUCAACAGCUCAACUUUUAUGCAAAUACAGCCUCUUCUCAGAGGCCACUAAUAUUUCCAUUUUUCUAUCUUGGAAAUGAUAAUGAAGUCAAUUACGUGGUCAUAAAGAACUACGUAUUGGCUCUUAGCACACAACCAGAUACUACAGAAUGGAGGGUCGACCUCAGAACUUUGCAAUUGCAUUCAUACAUUGACGGCAGCGAAUUUUUCUUUGGGAUAUGUCCUACCAACGCUGGGGUGUUCACAAUUACAACGCAGAGACUAACAGGAUGUUACGGCGUAUCUUGGAUAGCAUACGGUUUAACUUCUGUCUCCUUAACAACCACAAAUCUUGUCCAAAAUGUUGAUACAUCCAGAUCGGUAGAUUGGCGAACCCGAACAUCUACAGGUUUGCCUGCUAUUACUCUAUCUUCAUCACUGCUUCCAUUAGAAUCUACGCUACUGAAAGGUUCUUCUUCAUCGUCUUCAUAUUUUUCAGCAUUUUCUUCAGUUUCUUCCGACUAUUCUACUACAAUUUCAUUUUCAGAAACAUUUUCAGAUUCAUCCUCAAUUAGUUCUUCGUCUUCGUCGCAUUCUUCUGGAACUUCAGAUACCUCUUCAAUAACUAAUAUUGAUUUGAUGGUUCUAAAGAACGAGCCAAAGUUUCAACAAAACUCUGCAACCAGUAGAUACUUCAGCAGA